AAGCAUUCGAUGAAAGAAUACUUAGAAGCAAUAUCCGUUUGAGAUGUUUGAUACUCUCGUAUAUUUUUCGCUAAAAUGUCUUUUAUAUUUUUUAGUUUUUACUGUUAUUUAUAAUGUUUUUGUUCUCGUUACGAAGUUUAAAUACGUUCGGUUUGCUUGGAAUUAUAACAUGUUCUUCCUGCCGUUGAUCCCUUUUGUUGGUACUGCUUAUUUGACCAUUUUUGGUAAAGUAAGAGCUAGCAUGCUUCAGGUGGUCAUAGUAGCGGACAAAUAUUUCGGAGGUUUACCGUGCAAUUUCUGGUACGGUUCCGCUUAUCACUAUCUGACCAACGAUGCUGAUGAAGCACGAAUAAUACUGAACCAUCCGAAAUGUUUUAACAAAGCCGAAUUAUAUAAAAUGAUCAAUUUGGGAUUGAGGAAUCCUAUUGUGAACGUUCCAGUGGAAAUUUGGAAACCGAGGCGUCACUUAUUACGACCGGCAUUUAAGAAGCACAUGAUAAAGCUCUCGUAUCAAACUUACUAUCAGCAAAGUUGUCUACUUUUGGAGGAGAUCAAGAAGCUGAAGCCGGAGGAUAAUUUGUAUAAGUUUUUCAGCAAAUAUGCCUUUAUGAACUUCUUUUUAUCAUCCUUUGGACUAAGCGACGCAAAAAAAUAUCGCACCGAUAUUAUACGGAUUGGCACGCAAAUUGACGCAGCUCAAGAUGAAUUUAUCAAGAUAUUUAGCAACCCCGCAAUUCCAUCCACUUUAUGGAAAAGUUCACCCUUUGGAGCUGCUUUUAGAGCAAUUGAGAAUGAACUGAAAGGUUUAUUAAAAGAGGUUUUGGAGGAUUAUAUGGAGCAGACUAAAAAAACCUCCGAAUACUACGAAAAUCCGGCAGAGAAACCUUUAAUAGAACUGCUACUAGACGAAGCGUAUCAGAAAGACCCGACUGCAGACCUGUUUGAGGAAUUUGCCUUUAUUACUGGGGCUGCUACGGACACUUCAGGGCGUACAUUAUCGUUUUGUUUCACCAUGCUGGGGAUGUAUCCAGAGGUUCAGGCUAAAGCUUAUGACGAAAUUCAGUCAGUGGUAGGAGACCGAAAUAUAGAUUUCAGCGAUCUGGUGGAGCUUAAAUAUGUAGACGCAGUAAUAAGCGAAACGUUAAGGAUUUUACCAACAGUACCAUUAUUUGGACGAUAUUGUAGCGAGGAUAUUGAUCUUGGGAGCAAAAUAGUUCCCAAAGGAACGAACGUCUUCGUGAGCGCUUAUGACCUGCACAGGAACCCUAAAUAUUGGGAGGAUCCUCUGAAAUUUGAUCCGGAGCGAUUUUUACCGGAAAAUGCCUCAAAGAUUGUACCGGGAGCUUACGUUCCGUUUUCUAUAGGACCAAGGAACUGUUUAGGUCAAACUUGGGGAACUGUUCUAUUACAAAUGACUAUAGCCAACGUGGUUCGGUCAUUCAACAUUUCAACCAGCCAUAAGUCCAUAGAUCAACUGGCUCUGGAGUCUUGCAUCUCAAUGAAGACGACGCACCAUCUGAAUUGUCAAUUUACAGUUAGAUAAAACGUGUAAAGUUUUGAAUAAAGUCUCAGUAAUUCCUAUUAUUGA